UUACAUAAGUGCGGGCGAGCUUGCCUUGUUCUUCCUUGCUUGGCCAGAAACGCCUCAUUCCGUCAGCCUCGCGUUUCUUUGCGAUCUCUUCUCUUCAUCUCGAUGUCUCUUUCGAGGAUGCAGAGUGUCGUGAAGUGCCAAACACUACGCUACGCCCUCCGGCGUUGACUAACGAGUAACGACUGACUCCACCGUUCUCAUAUCGCUUGAGUUCCGCGCACGCGACUAGGACCGUGGACUCGGCCCCCGCCACCCUUUCACAAGAGCCAUUGACCGCCGCACGCCUGGGAGAGACACACUGCGAACGCCCCGGAAGCUAUACAUUGGGCCGUGAAGGCCGGUACUUGAUCGAAUUGGGCUUUUCAAAGUGCCUUACGUCUCAUAGACAUCUCCGAGAUGACCGCAGACGCUCGGCAGCCCAUCAACAGGCGGGGUUCUUCAACCCAGCAUUACCAGACAUUCGCGACAUCGCCCCCAAAAUCCAGAGGCCGUCCCAAUUCUGGGCAAUCUGAAUCAUCCCAAGAUGCCUCGCACGACCAGCACAAUGAGGGUGCCGACACCUCUACCCGUUCCCCAUUGCCGGUUAAGCAAAUGCUCGUGCUGGCAAUGAUUGCCUUGUCGGAGCAAACAGCGUUGAAUUCGAUCAGCCCUUACUUACCAGACAUGGCCUCAUCAUUCCCAGAGGUGGAAAAGGAGCAAGUCGGGGUCUACGUCGGUACGAUUGCUUCCGCUUUCGCUCUCGCGCAGUUUGUCACCAAUUACUUCUGGGGCUGGCUGUCGGACAGAAUUGGUCGGAAACCAGUCAUACUCCUUGGAACCUUGUUGACGGCAGCAUGCUUCGUUGCAUUUGGAUUCUGCCGUACCCUGUGGCAAGCGAUUGUGGUGCAGGCCUUGAUGGGUGUAGUGAACGGAAACCAAGGCCUGGUGUCGACGUGUCUGGGUGAGAUCACCGAUCGCAGUAACCAGUCUAAAGCAUUCACAUAUCUGCCUGUGCUUUAUGGGAUUGGAGGAAUAACUGGACCCGUCCUGGGUGGAUUGCUGGUCUUCAAGAAUAACCCUUUCAACAAGGAUCAACCGAAUCCGUAUCCAUAUAUUGGCCCGAACCUUCUCUCCGCCGCUAUCUUGCUCGUCGAUUUCAUCCUCACAGUCAUAUUUCUCGAAGAAAGUCUCGAAGAUGCGGAAAAUCUGCCAGAUUUUGGACAGAGAGUUCGUAACCUCUUCAGCUGGCUGUGGCAAUUCACUAGCUCGUCGCGUCCGACGUAUCUUCGGGCUCAGUACAGUGGUCCCUAUAACUACAGACCUGUCUCCCACCCCGACCAUGACCAUGACAGUGACCUUGAUUCGGUAUCGGAAUCUUCUCAAGGUUUCCACACUCAUCACGAAGAGCUUACGAAGGAUGAGAUCUUCAACCGGGAUACUGUUCUCCUUCUUCUUACGUACUUGAUCUUCGCUCUAUGCAAUGUGUCGUUCAACUCUCUAUAUCCGAUCUUUGCACAAGCUGACCCGCCUUCUGGACGCGAUCUAUCCCCCCAGGAGAUUGGACUCUCCCAAGGGUUCGCCGGAGUUGUGACCAUCAUCUUUCAGAUCUGCAUCUUUGGAAAGCUUAGGGACAAGAUGGGCAACCGCUCAUCGUACCGUGCAGGCCUGCUUGGCUUCGCUAUAUCAUUUGUCCUCAUGCCGUUUGUCGGUUACAAGAGUAAAGAAGGUGGUCUGACGACCCAGUCUGCGCUUCUCGCCGCUGAGUUGUGCUUCGUAUUGCUAGUGAAGACCGUGGCUGCUGUUGGUGGAUUAACCAGCGCUCUCCUGCUGAUCACAAAUACUGCUCCAAAUCACUCCGUCCUUGGAGCCCUCAAUGGCCUUGCCCAGACCCUUUCAGCGGCGGGUCGUGCAGCCGGUCCGUUCCUUUCUGGUGGCCUCUUUUCACUUGCUCUCAAGCUUGGGCACAAAGGCGAGGUUUUGGCAUUCGGCGUCUUUGGUGCAGUAGCAUUUGUUGGCUUCAUUCUGAGUUUCGGAAUCCGUUCCCUGAGCCUGGAGGCACAAGGCUGGGGCGGCAAUGACGACGAUGACCAUUACAAAUCUGACGAGGAAGAAGGCCCCUCCACUUGAUGACCGCUAACCUCGUUUCGCGGACGAGUUUAUGAGCAUGAUAUGUCUGUCCUUUCCGUUUUGAGCGUUAGUUUUUGUUCUCGACUGCAAGAUUGUGCAAAAAGUGACUUCGGUCUGUAGAUGAGUUGUGUUGGCGGCUGAUGUUUCUCUAGAACAGAUACGUUUGUAUCUUUUAGAUGUCUGUAUCUUUGUAGGGAGUGUUGAAGGUUUUCUCUUGUGUGUGGGUCCCGGAUCCAAGAGACCGUGUAUGACUAGAAUACCCA